CCCGCUUCUGAGCCGCGGUAGGUCUCCAUUCACAUCCAGCAGGACAGGGAACUCAACUGCCGGUGACACUUUAAAGGUGUAUCAGGAAUGGCCUCCAGCAGUGAGCUCCUGUCUGAGGAGCAGUUCCAGUGCUCCAUCUGCCGGGAGGUGUUCAGCAGCCCCGUCUCCACCCCCUGUGGGCACAGCUUCUGCAGGGCCUGCAUACAGGGCUACUGGCAGAGCAGGGGGGCGUGGCACUGCCCCCGAUGUGGGACGGACUUCGCUGGACGGCCAGGGCUCUGUGAGAACACGUUUGCCAGAGAAAUGGCCGAGAAAUUAAGACAGAUGAGACUCAGCUGUUCCGAGCCCCGCCCACCAGACCCUGAGCCCCACCCACCACACCCUGAGGAGGCGGGUUCGGACACGCCCGGAGGCGUGGCCUGUGACGUGUGCAUUGGCAGGAAGUGGAAGGCGGUGAAGUCCUGCCUGGUGUGUCUGACCUCGUACUGCCAGCCUCACCUGGAGCCUCACCUGAGAGUGGAGGGUCUGAAGAGGCACAAGCUGCUCCAGCCCCUCAGUAACCUGGAGGACAGAAUGUGCCGGAAGCACCUGAGACCCCUGGAGCUGUUCUGCAGGAGCGACCAGACGUGUGUGUGUGUGCUGUGCACUGACUCUGACCACAGGUCACAUGACACUGUCCCUGCAGAGAGGGCGUGGUCAGAGAAACAGGCUCAGCUGAAGAAGACGGAAGCAGACAUGCAGCAGAUGAUGCAGGACAGAUGGAGGAAGGUGGAGGAGAUCAGACAGUGUGUGGAGCUGAGCAGAAGCAGCACACAGAGAGAGAUGGAGGACAGCGUGCUGGUGUUCAGUACUCUGAAGCGCUCCAUUGAGAUUCGCCAGGCCAAACUGACUGAGGUGAUGGAGGAGAAGCAGAGAGCAGUAGAGAAACAUGCUGAAGGCCUCAUUAAAGACCUGGAGCAGGAACUCACUGAGCUACAGACCAGAAGCACUGAACUGGAGAAACUCUCACAAACUGAGGAUCAUCUCUACUUCCUACAGAGUUUCCCGUCUCUGUGUUCCCCUCCGAACACCAAGGACUGGUCUGGAGCCGGCGUUCACACUGAUGUGUGUGUGGGGACUGUGAGGAGAGCCGUGGAACAGCUGGAGGUCUCUCUCACCCAGCAAGUGGACAAACUGGCAGAUAAGGAAUUGCAGAAGCUUCAUCAAUAUUCAGUGGGUGUGGCUCUGGACUGCUCCACGGCGCACCCCUGGCUGGCCCUGUCUGAGGACAGGCGGUGUGUGAGAGACGGGGACGAGCAGCAGGACGUCCCGGACGGACCCCCGCGCUUCGACACCGCCCCCUGCGUCCUGGCGGAGGAGGGCUUCUCCUCAGGGAGGCGCUACUGGGAGGUGCAGGUGGGCGGGAAAACGGACUGGGAUGUGGGCGUGGCCAGGGAGUCCAUCAGCAGGAAGGGCAGGGUCACCCUGGCCCCUGGAUACGGGUACUGGACUGUGUGUCUGAGGACUGGGAGCGAGUACCAGGCCUGUGCGGACCCCCCCGUCUCCCUCCCCCUCAGAGAGAGGCCCGGGACAGUGGGGGUGUACGUGGAUUACGAGGGGGGGCAGGUCUCCUUUUACGACGUGGAGGCCAGGACUCACAUCUACUCCUUCACUGGUUGCACCUUCACUGAGAAGCUCUACCCAUACUUCAGCCCUGGAGUCAAUGACAACGGGUCUAACGCAGCUGCUCUGGUUAUCCUCCCCCCUGUCAAUCAUGUGGGAGGCGGAGCUUUCUGUGACGGACAGCAGAAGGAAGAUUCAGUGAAAUUAUGACAAUGUUUUUCACAGAUGCUACAUGAAUUCUCUCUGUUUGCUGGCUAAAUACUGUCACAGUGCCAUCACAAUUCAUCUAAAUGUUGCUGUCAUUCAAUCUUAUUAGCAUUGGAACAGAUUCACAUUUUUACCACAGUGUGAUUUUUGUAUUUGUGCAGUAUUCGUGGGUUAAUAAAUCCUUUUUAA